AUGGCCCUGCCCCCGUCCGCCGCUGUACAGCAUGCCGCUGCGUGCCCUCCAGAACGCGCCGCCGCCAGCCCACCAACAUCUUUCCUCCUGAGGCAACUUCGCGCCGACCAGAGUCAGCGCUGCGUCUAUCUGUCCACCCCCGUCAGGGCAACCACCACCACAGCGAGCCCGGUCGCCUCCCCCGCGCAUGACGACCUACCAGCCAUUGACAUAGAGGCCACUCAAUAG